AUGUGUUGUGCACAGUUCACCACUGAUAAUCAGUGGUACAGAGCAUGUAUCAAAACUGCAUAUUCACCAGCCCAGCCCAAUGUUGUGCCGACACUGGAGAACAAUCUGUGUGUUGAAGUGCAAUACAUUGAUUAUGGAAACAGUGAGUGGCUGCCUCUCAGCAGGCUGCGAAAGAUGAAAGCUGAAUUUCUAAAUAUGCCUGAACUAGCACAGUGUUGUUCCUUGGCAGACAUUGUACCUCCAUUCCAGGAGGAAAAAUGGCCACCAAAGGCCACAAAGGCAUUUGGAAGUCUGACUGGAGACAAGCCUCUGUUAAUGAGUGUUAUUGGAAAGAAAGGUAGCAAGCUGAUUGUUGAUUUGCGUCGUCCAGAAGAUGAUGAACCGACUCAAGAUGAUGACAGACCAGUGUCUGUGCGGGACGCUCUUGUUUUCUUAGAAGUUGCUCGUUUCUCUUCCCCUGCUUCGAAGCCUGAAGGCCUUUUCUUUCCCAAGAGGACCUACAAAGAACCAAUGCCUAUUGGAGAAGGAGCCUUUGUUGAUACGCUAGUUACACAUGUUGCUUCACCUGACGAAAUCUAUGUACAGAAGCUGCGGAGUGAGGAGUCAUUGGAGCUGCAGCACAUUAUGGAAGAAAUGAGCAAGAUGUUUGGUGGACGGAGGCGUGGUACCGAGUGGAGUGUACCAUGGCCUUACAAGGGUCUGGUGUGUGCUGCGAAAUUUACUGUAGACAAAGUCUGGUACAGAGCUUUGGUUACAGCCGUGAAUAGUGACGAGACAGUGGAUGUAACUUAUGUAGACUUUGGCAACUCAGAAAGGCUUCCAUUUGCCGACAUCAGAAAGCUGCCAGAUAUGUUUCUUAGACUGGCAAAGCAGGCGUUACUUAUUUGUCUCGCGGAUAUCAAGCCUACUGGCGAAGAAACAGAAUGGCAGCAACAAGAUCAAGUGAAUAUAUCAAGCUUGCUGCUGAACAGAUCGUUAGUCAUCGAUGUUAAAGGUGUGGAAGAUGGCAAGAUGGCUGUGCUGUUAUAUGACACCUCAGGCGCACAGGACGUUUGUAUCAACGAGUUUCUUGUGCAGAAUGGCUACUGUCAGCCAGCUGGAUUGGGUAUUGUAAAGAGCCGACAUGAAUUCACAGCUGAAAGCGAAAACGCAGGAGAUAAUACCGACGAACAAAGAGAACCAGAGCAGACAGUGGAAGAAACGGACAGUCUGCAGGAAACCGUGAGCGAGGCUGACAUUCAAGGCGAACAGUCAAAUGAAACCAGUUCUUUCACAGAGGAGAAAGCUUUAUCUGAGGAGAAAAUCGAGUCAAAAGCUAACGAGAUGCCGGUCUCGGCUGGGGAUUGUAAAGAGUUCGAGUACAAGCCAGCUGCCUUGCCAGAGAGGAACAGAUUCCAAGCUGGUGUCACGUUCGUGGAUUCCCAAGGUUAUGUUUAUGCUCAAGAAGUGAAGGAAGGGGACCGUACAUUGAUAAAUAUCAUGGGAAGUCUUUUGGAGAAGUACGGUAAAGGCGAAGACUUGUCAGCUGCACCGGUUGAUGCAGCAUCAGCAUCUCCAGGCCUCCCUUGUGUUGCUCAGUUCACGGAGGAUGGUAUGUGGUACCGCGCAAGGGUGGUGAAGUUUGUAGAGGAGGACAAAGUGGAGGUAAACUACGUUGACUUUGGCAACUCUGAGGUGGUGUCCCUGUGUGCAUUAAGACAAGAGAUGCCUUUUAUGGAAGUGCCACAGCAGUGUCUUCAGUUGGUGUUAAGAGGCAUAGAACCAAAAACCAGUGAUGGUCACUGGCCUCCAGAGGCCAUCCGUGCUUUGUCUCAGGCCGUGGUUGGGCAGGAUUGUGUUGCAAGUAUCAAGGGUGAUAGACUGCCUGGCUACCCUCUGGUGGUCAAAUUGUUUCUUCCCGACGGCUCUGAUGUAGCACAGACUUUGUUGACCAGAGGCCUGGUGCAGAAAUCUUCCACGCAGCUUGAAGGAGAACAAGACUCGCCCCAGUUCUACCCGAGCAAGAGAGGGCCUGGUAAACCCAAACCAAUCAAGUCCAAGAGAUCAAUUACUGAAACCAGGGCGCAUGCUCAAAUGAUCAGUUCACGAGAAGCUGAAUGCGUGCUGGCUCGCACCGAACUUCCUGGGGAUGGCAUUCGCUUUGACGUCACCAUCACGCACAUAGAGCGACCAGACUGUAUUUUCAUCCAGCGGGUGCCACCCACGGAGGUGGAUAAAGGAUUCUCUGACGAUCCCGACCCUACCCUGGAGAGUGCGACGGAAGAGCUCCGAACGCUAGAGGAGAUAAUGGCGAAGAUUAAUAGCGCGGAUUAUUUUAAGAAGUACACUCCAUUGACGACUGCGAGCGAGGGAAUGUUAUGCUGUGCUCGUUAUACUGAAGAUGAUAUGUGGUACAGGGCGCAAGUGCAGACCGUUGAACGUCAUAGGCCACUGGAAGUACGAGUGGUGUAUGUUGAUUAUGGCACGACUGAGGUGGUCAAGGCCGACAGACUGCGAGGCUUUCCAUCGGAGUUGUUGGAUUUGCCGGUCCAGUCCACGCGCUGUUUCCUUGCUGACGUCAGGCCCCCAGACGACACAGAUGAGCCAAUGAUGGAUGAUGAGUGUUGGCCUGUGAGUACCAUGGAGGCUCUUAUACAACUGGUGGCAGGCAAGAAACUCGUGGCAAAAAUGUUGUUCAGUGGUCCGCCCGCCAGCGUGCUGUUGUACGAACAUAAAACGAGAAGCGAUGGCUGCGUCGAAGAAGUAUCAAUUGGGCUUCUGCUGGCUCAGAAGGGCCUCGCGAAUUGUACGGAUUACGAAAAAGCCAUAUACGAGGAGUCUGAGAGCGGUGAAUCGGAGGACAAAACUCUGGAAUUCCAGGAAUCAGAGCUUCAGUUUACACCGGAAGACUCGGACACUAACGCAGAGUCUAAGAACUCUUCAUCUGUUGAUUUGCUGGAGAAAAUUCUCGCUGCUAAAGUAAGCUUUACUCCCGCUAAACAGCAACUCCUCAAGCCUACGGAGUUGACAACGAAGAACUCAGAUCAAAGUCCUAAGAACUGUGACAGGGUAGAAAAACGCGAAGAACUCGGUGGUGCAUCUGUGAACACUGAAGAUGCCAGCUCCUCGACAGAGGUCAGCAACUCACGUGACCAAGAAAAAACUCCACCCCAACCAGUAACGUCUGAUCACGUGACCGAACUGACGUCAUCAGGUCCGGCUGAAGUAAGGAAUCAGAAUUCCAUAGAGUCUUCUGUAUAGUGAAAAAAAAACAUAGUGAAGAAAGCAAAAAGAUUUAAGAAUAUGGAUAAUAUGGACUUUACAAUGAUUCAGCUAAUUUAGCAAAGAGAGUUUUAUCAAUAUGAUUUCAUUCUUGUUUUCAGGUUUAGGUUUCGUUGCCCAAUUGAAGGGUUGCAAAGAAAUAGACGUUAUUUAAAGACGACUCUUCGUUUGUUCGUGAAGUUGUGUCCGAAAUUGUAAUUCUUGUCGUGUUUGUUGUAGCAACACUGAUGUGGGCCAAAUUGUACGCCUUUUUUAGAGAUACAGGAAAUGACUUCGAGACAUUCGGUCAGAUUUCAAUAAACAGACUGCUUCAUAGUU